CACGAUGGGUCCUAAAGCUUUUAUGCCAGCAAAUUUCUCUCCCUUGUAUGCUUUUGAAAAUUCGAAAUUCCGAAUUUUUGACCAUCAACUGAAAUCACCGAAAUUCGAACUUUUAAUCGUUCUAUAAAUUCCGGCGACUUAUUCUCGCGAGAACUUUCAACUUUCAACCCCUUCACCGCGUGCCUAUAAAUAUCCACCACCUUCCUUGAGCACUGCCAUUUCCGUUCUAUCCCUCUUUUUCAAACCUUUUUAGGACCCAUCGUGUCUGAAUUUUCUCCAUUUUUAGGGUUUUGAUCUCUGAAUCGCUUUAGGUUUCCCCUUCUCUCUCCUUGUGUUAUCUGAUAAUGGCGGAGCAGCUCACAGAGGAGCAGAUCUCGGAGUUCAAGGAAGCCUUCAGUCUUUUUGACAAAGAUGGAGACGGCUGCAUCACCACCAAAGAGCUGGGAACCGUGAUGAGAUCACUUGGUCAAAACCCAACAGAAGCUGAGCUGCAAGAUAUGAUCAAUGAAGUUGAUGCAGAUGGCAAUGGGACCAUCGAUUUCCCUGAGUUCUUGAAUUUGAUGGCACGUAAAAUGAAGGAUACGGAUUCUGAAGAGGAAUUGAAGGAGGCUUUCAAAGUUUUUGAUAAGGAUCAGAAUGGAUUCAUUUCUGCUGCAGAACUACGGCAUGUGAUGACCAACUUGGGUGAGAAAUUAACUGACGAAGAAGUUGAGGAGAUGAUUCGUGAGGCUGAUGUGGAUGGUGAUGGACAGGUGAAUUACGAGGAAUUUGUUAGAAUGAUGCUUGCGAAAUAGAGCAAAAAGAGAUUUUAAACCUUCUCCCCAGAAGGCUCACGAUACAUAUAUUUAGGUGAGCUUCUAAGGGGUCUUGUUUAACUCUUUGUUUUGUACUGGCCACAUAGAUAUUGAGAGGUUUCCUUUUGCUUAAAUCACUGUGCCCUUUAUUUUGUUCUCAUAUAGUCAUUAUGGGACCUAAUAUUGGUUGAAGCACCUAAUGUGGACAGGUAGGUGUAUGGGUCCUUGGACUUCU